GGCAACAUUAGUAUUUCCAAAUGGUUGUUGGAUAAUGGAGCUAAUGUAAAUGUUCAAGUUGGUCAAUUUGGUAAUGCUCUCCAGGCUAGUGUUUGGGGUCAUCAUAAGAGUAUGAUCAAGCUUCUCAUAGAAUAUGGAGCAAAUAUCAAUGCCACAGGUGGUCCAUAUGGUAGUGCUCUUCAAGCUGCUGGAAUUAUGGGAAAAGAAGACAUUGUAGAACUUUUAUUGGACUAUGGGGCUGAUGUUCAUGCCCACUAUGGUCAACUUGAUACUGCCCUUCAAGCUGCUGCAUGUUGUGGAAAUGCAAAGAUUAUUGAGCUUCUCCUGAAACAUGGAGCUAAUGUAGAUGCUCAAGGUGGAAAAUAUGGAAAUGCUCUCAAAGCGGCUGUAUACCAUGGAAAGGAAAAUAUUGUACAUCUUCUAAUGAAGUAUGGAGCUGAUAUCAAUGCUCAAGGUGGGGAAUAUGGAAAUACUCUCCAAACUGCUGUGUUAUCCUGGAAUCUUGAAGAAAAAUUUAUACAAAUGCUUAUCAACUACAGAGCUAAUGUCAACUCUCAUGAUGGAAAAUAUGGGAAUGCUCUCCAAGCUGCAGCCUAUUAUGGAAAGAAAAAUAUUGUUCAGUUACUUCUAGACCAUGGAGCACAUAUUGAUGCUCAAGGAGGAGAAUAUGGAAAUGCUCUCCAAGCUGCAGCAUAUGGGGGCAGUGAAAAUAUUGUUCAGCUUCUCUUAGAUCAUGGAGCUGAUGUCAACAUUCAGGGUGGUAGGUAUGGAAGUGCCCUUCAAGGUGCUGUGUUUAACGGAAAUGAGAGUAUACUUCGAAUGCUCCUCAGAAAUGGGGCUAAUAUCAACGCUCAGUGUGGUGGGCUGGGAAGUGUGCUUCGAACUGCAAUAUUUCUUGGCAAAGAAAACAUUCUCCAACUCCUAUUGGACUACGGAGCCAAUGUCAAU